GGAGACCCUGCAUUUCAGCAUACGCCACGUUUGAAAUAUUUCCAUAAUUUCGUUCGUUUUCAUUUGAGUCUUGAUUGUCAUAAAAAAAUCGUUCCUCGUUACAUUAAAUCAAUAAAUAUGGUAACGACGACAUUUGUUUAGAAGCUCGACAAAACCCGAUGAACAUUUUCAAAACCCGAUGAACAUUUUCCAGCUAGGUAUUUUGAUUGAAAAAAUUAGAGGUAAGCCCGAAAUGCUGCUCGUGUGGCGGGUAGCCUGCGUGGCUCUGGGGGUGGUCAUUGGCUAUCACAUCUCUGCUUGCAGCGGCCAGAGCGUCUCUGCGGCGCAAGUUCCAGCCACAACCAGUGUGAAAGGCACGGCCGAGUGCGCCGAUGUACCGGCGCAGGAGUGCGGAGUUCGGCGAUCCAAGUGUCUGCCGGUAGCUACGUUGAUGCAGGCUGCUGGAGGCCCCGUGGGCGGAGUGUUCACCUGUGCCACGCAGCUCGCCAUCCCCAAGACCCAGAUCAUCCCAGCUAUAGGGCCAGCGUUCAGUUCGGGUCACCCAGAGAGCAUCGUAGAGCGCGUGAGCAACGACUCGGCUGUUGUAAUGCGCAUGCGCCGGUGUCUGCUCACAAAUGCAGGGCUGUUGGGUCUCAACGACACAAUCAACCGCGAGGCGCUGGCCGGCAAGGCACAAGCGAAGCUCAGCUACAACCCUCCCCUCGCUGCCACCGUCGCCGCCGCCGUCAGGAGCUGCCCUGAGCCCCCUGAACUGAAGUACAACGAGUUACUGACGUGCGCCAUGCAGAGGUGCAUCAAUUCUGUAUCGGUGGCCGCCUUCGCUUUCCCGCCACCUGGUCAGAAGGAAUCUGCCAAGAAAUGCUCCAAGAAGAAGGGUUGCAAAAAACACUAGCUCAUUUUAGACAAGAUCUAAUUUUUUCAAAUUUCGCUUUUUCAAUAAUUUCAAGCCUUCCAAGUAAUUUUUUCUUCAGACUUAUCAUUGCAACGUUUGUAGUUAUUGACACGUUGCAAUAUUAAUUAUUCUAAAUAUUGCUUACGAAAGUCUUUUACGUCUAAGUUGCAUAUGCAUUACAUUGUUUGAUAAAAUCUAUAGAAGGAAGUGGAGCCACGAAUCAAUUAGAUUAAUGUGUAUAACUAGGGAUAAAAUUUCACAAGAGUGUGGUAAUAGGCAACUCACCUUCUGCUUUCAAAACCGCCUAACAGAAACGGUGGAGCUCGUGUGGCAGAAUUCGGUUCGACAACCUUAUUUGUCAAAGGCCAUAUCAUCACUGAUCGGCGAGAUCACUCUCGAGCACUUACUGCCCUAAGCACUUCUGUUAAUUGUUAACAAUUAGAUUAAAGUUAUUUCAUCAAGCGGUUAUCUCGCGGUUGAAAAAAUCUAGUCGCGUCAUUCGAAAAGUAUUAUAUAAUAUAAUCCACGCCCACGCUGGAGGAAGUUCAAUGUCAAAGGCGGAACUUAAUGCAGUUAAUUUGCAAUAAGUCAGAAAAUAUCAUAAAUAUUCCAGAUUCAGGUAAUAAUACCAGAUAAAAUAUACCAAUACCAGACAUCGUCUCAAAAUACCAGAUUUGUGAAAUCUUGUAUGAAAAAAUAGCAGUUGGCAACGCUGUCGUGCAGUGCGGUGGGCAUCGCAAUUUACUGUGAGGGCAUAACAUUGGUACUCGCUCUAUUGACAUUUUCUCCCCUUUUUGUUCUUGAUUUUAUGUGGUGGAAACGACAGUUUUCUUUGGUGCAAUUCUCUCUAUUCAUGAUACUCCAGCACAGCGUAGGAUGAUAAGAGGCAAUCGCUACCUCUUUUGCACCCUCUGGGAUGACCGCUUCCAUAGUCAAAGAAUUUAUAGCACAUUCUAGGGUAUGAGAAUGUGCAUCCUUCACCAUUCUUCCCGUAUUCACAUUUCUUUUGAAGGCAUUUCCAGCCAAUUCCUUUCUCAAAGCGCGGCCUACCUGAGUGUACAUUAACUUCUUGGGAGGAGGGUAAGGUUGUAAAGGAGGAUGGCAAACCGAUGUCCAAAUCCAGACUUUUGAAGGCAGUGGUAUAGGUGGUAGGGUUGGGAGAAACGUCGCACUGCAGAGGAGGGAAAUGAACCUUUUAUAGAUGUUCUUAUAUUGACCACUUUUUUAGUCAUAUGGCUUCGGAUGUCCAUGCGAUAUUGCCGGAUCCACUCUGUAUUGCGGAAUAGUAGCUCGAUAGGAUCACUCGACCUGCGCCACCAUACGGGACUGUGUACUAUGCACGGAAUGUGUACUGUUCACGGAAUACUUGAAUAUUUUUAGAUAGGUUCAAUAUCGUUGCGUUUUAUUGUGACCUGUAAUAUAUUAGUGUGAUGUCAACAUGUAUAGCUAUAAAUGUAAAGAGGUCUUUCUAGUUUUUAUGAUACAGUUUUAGGCAUGACCCAUUGUGUACGUUUAGUGUCUGUAAAAGUUUUAUCUCAUACAGAGAGACCUCCGAAGUCUUGACCCAACUUCAACUCACAAACACUCUGUUUAUCUUAUCGUCGUAGGAUGAAUGAAAGUUUUGU